AUCUUCUUUGCAACUAAAAGUACCUGUGAAAAAAGCGAAAAGAAAUGGAUAAGAAACUUUCUACUUGCCUCUUCAACUGCAUAAUCUUCUUCUUUGUUGUUCUUGUUCUGCUUUCUUCCCAAGCUACUUCUGAAGAAUUUGAUGAUGAAAGGGAGUUUGAUUAUAACAAAAAUGGCGAAAAGGGGCCGAAUAGAUGGGGACAACUUAAGCCUGAAUGGAGUGCAUGUGGCAAUGGAACAAUGCAAUCUCCUGUUGAUUUGCUGAACGAGAGAGUUGAAAUUGUUUCCUAUUUAGGGAGGCUUAAGAUGAGCUACAAGCCCUCUAAUGCUACUCUCAAGAACAGAGGCCAUGGUAUGAAGUUGAGUUUUGAAAAUGAAGCAGGAAAUAUAGAGAUUAAUGGAACUGAAUAUGAACUCAAACAGUUGCACUGGCACUCCCCUUCUGAGCACACUAUUGAUGGAUUUAGCUUGGACUUGGAGUUGCACAUGGUUCAUGAAAGCCAGGAUGGUCAGGUUGCUGUUGUUGGAAUUAUGUACAAGAUUGGAAGGCCAGAUUCUUUCUUGUUAUCGUUGAAAGAUCAUUUGGAAAAUAUUACUGACACCACUGAGAAAGAAAGUUAUGUGGGAGUGAUUGAUCCACGGGACAUAAAGAUAGGCAGCGGGUAUUACAGAUACCUUGGAUCUCUUACAAUUCCUCCUUGUACUGAAAAUGUUGUCUGGACCAUUGUUAGAAAGGUGCAGACUGUAACAAGGGAGCAAGUAAGGGUGCUGCGUGUUGCAGUUCAUGAUGAGUCGAAUACUAAUGCAAGACCAGUACAACCAAUAAAUAAGCGAACAGUGCAACUCUACAAACCUGAUGAAAUGGAGAAUUAGUUAAUAUAUAUUGGGUGUUUGCAGCAUCAGAUGUCAUCUUCCCUUUUCCUUCUACAUCUGUGGCAAGGCAUAUAUGUUUUUUUAUACUAAUCUUUCGAUAUUUGAAAACUAUAUUAAAUUUAAUUAAUUCGA